AUGCCGUCGCAGCCACCUCUCCUCCUCCUCCUCUUUUUCAUCUAUCCCAUUUUCGCCCUUGACUUCCUCUUUAACUCCUUCAAUGCCACAAACCCGGGAGUCAUUCUAAUUCCAGAUGCCAGGGUCGACAUCUCGGUUAUCAGACUCCUCAAUGACACCAACCAGUACUCACUGGGACGAGCUUUUUAUCCAACAAGAAUUAAGAUGAAACGAACCCAGAACGCAACAACUACUCUCUCUUCUUUUUCAACUUCUUUUGUCUUCUCUAUAUUGCCUGAUAUUGCUUCAAGUCCUGGCUUUGGCCUUGCUUUUGUUCUCUCUAACUGGACUAACCCACCUGGUGCUAUUGCCAGCCAAUACUUUGGUCUUUUUACUAAUGCGACUACACCCUUUGUGGCUCCACUUUUAGCUGUUGAAUUUGAUACUGGGCAGAACCCAGAAUUCAAUGAUCCUGACAGGAAUCAUAUUGGUAUUGAUUUGAACAAUAUUGAGUCUGCUAAUACUGUGCCUGGUGGAUACAAUUCUUCUGCUGGUUUUGUGCCUGUCAGCAUGGGUAAUGGUCAGAAUGUCCGAGCGUGGAUUGAAUUUGAUGGGGACAAUUUUGAGAUUAAUGUUACUGUUGCCCCUGUUGGUCUUUCUCGUCCAUCUGUGCCGACUCUUAGUUAUAAAGAUCCUGCGAUUGCCAAUUAUACAUCUGAGGAAAUGUAUGUCGGGUUUUCUUCUUCAAAGACUACUUGGGUUGAGGCACAAAGGAUUUUAGCUUGGAGUUUUAGUGAUACAGGUGUUGCCAGAGACAUAAAUGUUACUAAUUUGCCUGUUUUUAGUCUACCUUCUUCCUCGAAUUCAUUAUCAGCUGGUGCUAUUGCUGGGAUAACGAUUGGUUGUGUUGUUUUUGUUAUGAUUUGUGUGUUUGUGGUUUAUUGGUUUUGGUAUAAAAAGACGUUGAGAGAUUUAGAAGAGGAUGAGAUUGAAGAUUGGGAGCUUGAAUAUUGGCCUCAUAGAUUUUCCUAUGAAGAAUUGAGUCAAGCCACCAAUGGAUUCUCCAAAGAUCAGCUUUUGGGUUCCGGUGGAUUUGGGAAAGUGUACAGAGGAAAACUCUCCAACAAUUCUGAAAUUGCAGUCAAAUGCGUGAAUCAUGACUCUAAACAAGGCCUAAGAGAGUUCAUGGCAGAGAUAUCGAGCAUGGGCAGGCUACAACAUAAGAAUUUAGUCCAAAUGCGAGGCUGGUGUAAAAAAUCCAAUGAGCUUAUGCUUGUUUAUGAUUACAUGCCCAAUGGCAGCCUCGAUCGUUACAUAUUCCAGAAGCCUAAGAAGCUACUGAAUUUGCAACAACGCCGCCAAGUCCUUGCUGAUGUAGCUGAAGGAUUAAACUAUCUCCAUCAUGGCUGGGAGCAAGUAGUUGUGCACAGGGAUAUUAAAUCAAGCAAUAUAUUGCUAGAUUCUGAUAUGCGAGGCAGGCUUGGAGAUUUUGGCCUUGCAAAGCUUUAUAGUCACAAUGAAGUUCCUAACACAACUAGAGUAGUCGGCACAUUGGGAUACUUGGCUCCUGAGUUAGCAACAAUGGCUAUAGGAACAUCCGCGAGUGAUGUCUAUAGUUUUGGAGUUGUGAUAUUGGAGGUGGCUUGUGGUAGAAGGCCGAUAGAAAUGGGGUCAACCGAGGAGGAGGAUUCAGUGCUGAUUGAUUUGGUGAGAGAUCUACAUGCUAAAGGGAAGGCGGUGGAGGCAGUGGACGAAAGAAUGAAGGGGGAAUUUGGGGUGGAGGAAAUGGAGAUGGUGUUGAAGCUCGGAUUGGUUUGUUGCCAUCCUGAUCCCCAGAGGAGGCCUAGCAUGAGGGAGGUGGUGGCAGUUUUGCUUGGGGAGGAUGUGGCUGCCGCACCUGCUGAGUUGUUGAAUGUUUUGGCAAGUAGUGGGGGGCGGUGA